AAAGCAGUGACAUGAGGUAGAAAGUUGAUAAAUGUGGAGGGCGUGGUUGAGUUUGUAAUUGGAGAGCAGCCAUGGGAGAGGAAGUGAGCAACAAGCAGGUGAUCUUGAGAGAUUUCGUCACUGGGUUUCCUAAGGAAUCAGAUUUCCAUGUCAGGACCUCUUCCAUUUGCUUGAAGCUUCCUCAAUCCUCCAAAAAUGGCGUUUUGGUGAAGAAUCUCUUCUUAUCCUGUGAUCCCUACAUGAGAAUCCUCAUGCUCCAAGCCUACGUGCCGUUCCCCAUCGAUUCUUUCACUCCGGGCUCGGUGAUAUAUGGGUAUGGCGUGGCGAGGGUUUUGGAAUCAAGAGACCCGAAUUUGAAAGAAGGCGAUUUGGUAUGGGGAGUAACAGGUUGGGAAGAAUAUAGUGUGAUUGAAGAGACACAAAAGCUGUUCAAAAUCCAACAUUUAGAUGUCCCUCUGUCGUAUUACACUGGAAUUCUUGGUAUGCCGGGUGUUACAGCAUACUUUGGAUUCUAUGAUGUUUGUUGUCCCAAGAAAGGGGAGUCUGUGUUUGUUUCAGCUGCUUCUGGUGCUGUUGGUCAGCUUGUUGGUCAGUUUGCUAAGCUGUUGGGUUGCUAUGUUGUUGGUUCUGCUGGUACUCAACCAAAGAUUGAGCUCCUCAAGAACAAGUUUGGAUUUGACGAAGCUUUCAACUACAAAGAAGAACCCAACUUGGAUGCAGCUCUCAAAAGAUACUUCCCAAAAGGCAUUGAUAUCUACUUUGAAAACGUGGGAGGCAAAAUGCUGGAUGCCGUUCUUGGGAACAUGAGUAUCCAUGGAAGAAUUGCAGUGUGUGGAAUGAUAUCACAAUAUAAUCUGGAGAACACAGAGGGAGUACACAACUUGAUGAAUAUUGUUUUGCAGCGAAUUCGUAUGCAAGGCUUUGAAUGUUUUGAUUACUACCAUCGCUAUUCUGAGUUUUUGGAUGCUGUUUUGCCGCUCAUUCGUGCGGGGAAGCUUAGUUAUGUGGAGGACAUAGCCGAUGGCCUCAACGCUGGCCCUGCCGCUCUUGUCGGCCUCUUCUCUGGCCGCAAUGUUGGGAAGCAAGUCGUUGCUGUGGCGGCUCAAUCUUGCAUUUGAAUCACUUGUUUGGAGAUUGUCUUUCAUGUUUGAUUUGUAUUGUCUUCCUUGAAUUUCCCUUUCUUUUCUUGAAAAUUGCAAAAUAAUGUUGGAAUAUGAAUGAGAAAUUGAAGCUCGAGGUUUGGAAUUACGGAUC